CAGGAAACAAACGCUUUGUUGGUGCAUUGUGGGUAAGCGGAAAAAAGGCUCAAACGCCAAGCUCAACGACUAGCCCACGUUGCUGAGCCGCUAAAAAGAACAACAAUUCAAGAAUUCAAAGGGAGUUGAACCUAGAAAGACCGUUUCCAAAAUGUCCAUUGGCGUACCAAUCAAGGUCCUGCAUGAAGCAGAGGGACACAUUGUGACCUGUGAAACCAACACUGGAGAGGUUUACAGGGGCAAACUGAUCGAGGCUGAAGACAACAUGAACUGCCAGAUGUCCAACAUCACAGUAACCUAUCGUGACGGGCGGGUUGCCCAGCUGGAACAAGUGUACAUUCGUGGCAGCAAGAUCCGCUUUCUGAUCUUACCAGACAUGUUAAAGAACGCUCCAAUGUUAAAGAGUAUGAAGAACAAGAACCAGGGUUCUGGAGCAGGAAGAGGCAAAGCGGCCAUUCUGAAAGCACAAGUGGCUGCAAGAGGCAGAGGUCGUGGUGGAAUGGGAAGAGGCAACAUUUUCCAGAAGAGACGAUAGCUUUUCCUUUUCAAUGUUUUUAUUUUUUCUCAUGUCGUUUACUUGAAUGACUUGUCUGUUAUUUGCAAUCUUGUCUUUGCAAGUUAGUUCUUGAAUUUUUCUUUUUUUUUUAAACAAAAAUAAAAGAUGUUUCAAAAUGUCUUAAAU